AUGCAGUUCUCCAAGUCUCUCUUCGCCAUCGCCGUCGCCGCCACGGCCUCUGCCGCGCCCCUCGUGGCCCGCGACCCCGACUGGAUCAUCCAGGGCCUGUCCCGCUCCUGCGACGGCCAGGACUCGUCCUGCACCUGGCAGUUCUCCAUCAACAACCAGCUGACCGAUGCCACCGCGUGCACCUACGUCGUCAACGCCAGCGGCGGCCAGCCCGCCUCGCGCUCCAGCGGCGGCCCCGUCACCUGCGGCGACUACACCGUCACCAGCGGCUGGUCCGGCCAGUUCGUCGUCGGCUUCACUACCUUCUCCGUCUUUGACAACACCAAGAACCUGAUUGCCUACCCGGCUUAUGACGACAACGAGAUUGCCGCCGGCAACGUCGCCGACAAGCCCUUCCACGUCGAGGCCCCCAAGAAUUAA